UGGCAACAUAGGUUUGCCAAUCUCAAACACAAAAUAAAAUCACUUUUCUACAUUUUACGUUCAUUGCAGUUCAUUGUAUGUUGUGAUUUGGUAGAUAAACAAUGACUUGUUAGUGCUAAACUGAUUCCAGUGAAUUACUCGCAAUGAGCACGGAGACUUUGCGGAAGUGAUUAGGAGCUACCACUACAAUGUAGCACUUAUUCAAGUUCCUUUAGAAAAGUAGUCCAAAAUUAUCGUAUCGAUCUUUUGUCUUAUACUGAGCAGUGAAUUUAAGAACUCGAAAUGUCUGUGGUUAAAGGAAAGGCAUUAGUAAAAAUGGAUGUUAUCCAAGUUGGUGAAUACGAAUUUACAAAACAAGACAUAAUAGGCCAUGGUGCCUUUGCAAUGGUGUACAAAGGAAGAAAGAGAAAGAAUCCAUCGCAAGCGGUUGCCGUUAAAGUCGUGACGAAGAAAGGUUUACAAAAGGCUUCAGAGAUCCUCGUGAAAGAAAUAAAGAUUUUGCGCGAGCUGACUGCCCUUCAUCAUACAAACCUUGUCGCUAUGCAUGACUGCAUGGACAGCACUGCCUAUGUUUACGUUGUUAUGGAGUAUUGCAAUGGCGGCGACCUCGCUGACUAUUUACAAACGAAUAGACUGCUCAGCGAGGCUACCAUACGAACCUUCCUGCGGCAGCUAGCGGAGGCCAUGCGAGCUAUUCACGCCAAGGGGAUCGUCCACAGGGAUUUGAAGCCGCAAAACAUUUUACUGACACACAACGUUGCCCCUCCACGCACACCACAUCCCGAAGAAAUCACACUCAAGAUUGCGGACUUCGGUUUCGCACGAUUCCUAGAGGAAGGCAACAUGGCCGUCACACUCUGUGGAUCACCGAUGUAUAUGGCACCUGAAGUAAUAAUGUCCCUAAAGUAUGAUGCAAAAGCGGAUCUCUGGAGCUUGGGUACAAUCGUCUAUCAGUGUCUAACGGGCAAAGCGCCUUUCCAAGCGACUACACCUCAUGAACUCAAAGCUUUCUACGAAAAAAGCAUCGAUUUACAACCCAAAAUGCCAGCCGGAACGAGUCCCGAACUUUGCAACUUGCUGAUCGGUCUGCUUCGGCGCAACGCCCGCGAACGCAUGCCCUUCGAAGUCUUCUUUAACCAUCAAUUCUUACAAAGACCCAGGACAACGUCCAUCACAAGUUUGGACUCUGAUCUACCCGAUAUAUUGGAGAGUGAUAACGCAGUCCGUCCCGAAACUAACUAUAUCCUAGAGGAGUCGUGGGAGAGCCAGGGGACAGCAUCGCACACUACUAUACCGAGUGGCCUGAAUCGUGCGUCGGCGCCGUUGCCACAGCCCACGCCGCAGGCCCAACCCUUACCCGUUGCACAACCCACUAGGAAGUCUCAACCUGUCUCAUCUGACGAUUCAUCGGAAGCAGUAUGGGCAGGCGCUGAGGACUUCGUAGUGGUACAUCCAGAAAGUGGUUCGGGCGAAUAUUCUGGCUCGUCAUCUUCUGAGGCGGCGUCCAGACCGAGAUCGCUGGCCCUACAAGCCACAUCUCCCCAUACACGACAUUCGCCCCACUCGCCCCAUUCUCCCCAUUCGCCUACCCACACUAUUGAUCAAGUUGGACCGUUAAGGAAUCCACUUACUUCUAACACAAAUGUACCUCGCUCGCAGCCAAUAGACGUCUUGCGAUCAAAUCACAACCGAAAUGCGACCAACAUUGGUUCACUUUCUCCGCCUACCGUACCAUUCACAAUGGGAACUCCGCCGUCCACACGACGUCGUCGCAGCGCGUCUGGGAGUUCCCCGCCGCCCUCGCUUUGGCAGGUUUCGCCUACGAACGCUAGCCGCUCAUCCCCGCCAGUCCCGCUGGCGUUGAAGGCAAGCGGUGAAGCAUCGUCGCCAAAGCGUGCCUUACCAGACGCCUUACUGCGGGCGCUGAAAAUGCCACACGAUCCGCCUGUUUAUAUCCCCAACUUGCAGGAGGAGACCAUACUUGCCGAGGAGCACAGCAAGGUAUUCUCUCAGCUGAACUUUGUGCUGAUGCUGUCGGAGCUGCUGUCCGACCUCGCUGUAUCUUGCGGUGCACCCAUCGCCGCUCUCAUGGACGCUUCAGAUGAGCGUUGCAAUGAGAGCGUCCGACUAGGUCUUCUGGUACAAGCAAUGCAGGCGUUGGCGGCUGGCCUAAGGCUCGCGGCCGAGUGCUACCGCUCACGAAGUCUUCAGCCCACGCCACAAGUGCGGAGCGUGGUCUCCCUAAUGAACGGCAAAUACAAAUGGAUUGUGAAUGAGUCGAGGCGUCUCCACGAUGCGGGCGUGACGCCGGCGGUUUGUGAUAAAAUACUUUACGAACAUGCUAUAGAACUGUGCCAAAUGGCAGCUAUCGAAGAACUAUUCGGCGACGUGAAGGAGUGCGAGCGACGCUACAUGUCUGCACAAGUGUUGUUACACUCGCUGGUACAACGCCAGCCACUGCAUCCACACCAUCGGAACACGCUUUCAAAAUAUCGGGAUGCUGUACAAAGGCGGCUCAACUGCCUCAAGGGGCCGCGCAAACAAAUAAUGGACGUGAAAUUAGAGGCUGGGAUCUCAUAAUGCAAUAAGAUAUCAAUCUGUAGGGAUAAGUACACUAUACAAGAUGAGAAGUGAUUUUAUUUUGUCCUUGAAACUGACUCGAAGUGAUAAAUAUUAUAAAAAAAAAUAAAAAGUGAAUGAUAUCAACAAAACAAAUGUUGUAGUAAAAAGUACCAGAGAUUGCAAUAGUAAGUUAUAUAUUUUUUUAUCAGUAUGUAUUUUUUUUUUUGAAGUAGCGACAGUAGUAGAACAUUUUAGUGCAAAAUAAUACAGCUUUUCAUAGAUAAGUAGAAAAAUAGAUGUGUCGUUGUACUUUUCAAUUAAUGGUUGUACUGGGAAAUCUGGUUUGAAACGAUAGGUACAAGACACUUACAUGUCCAUUCAAUUCUGCUAACAUGAAACACUUUGCCAAUAUGUUAAUUUUUUUUUUAUAUAUAAGUUUUUAAAAUUGACUAAAAGAUAUAAAGAUAUAAAUGUAGGUUAAAAAUGUAGUAUUGUUUUGGAAAACGCAUGUCAUAAUUACUGUAUUAACAUAUUAAUAAUACCUUUUAUGUAGUGAUAUGAAAAAUUAAUUACGAAGUAUAAAUCUCGAUAUGGACAAGAUGGUAUAGAUCUCAUUAUCGACCAAUAACAAUAUGGCAUUUUUAGGUUAAGAUAUCAAUAAUGUUUUCAAAGUAUUUUUAGGAAAUUUUUCAGUAUGUAUUUCGCACCUGUAAUAGCCAAUUGUGAAACUACUGUAUGUUUUUUUUAUUUCCAAAAAUGAUCAAUGCUUUAUUGAAAUAAGAAUAAAUAAAGACUGUUGUAUUAUAAAAU